AUGUCAUCCUUAGUAUCCGACUACAUCAUCAACCCCGUCACUCGGACCGUUGUCCGUCGCUUCUCGAGCCCUUUCUCCACGGGUCCUUCCCUCGAGCCCCGUCACCCCUUCUCACGGGGCGACUAUCCAGAGGAAAAUGGCAAUGCCAUCGCCGAAUGCGACGCACCCUCCCCUUUCCCCAGCCUCGGAAGGUUCACAAGAACCCCCGACAUAGCCCUUGGUGCCAGAUCCCCUCCUCGUCUCAUCCCCCAGAUGCGAAGGGGAGUAACUGCUCCCGCUGCAGACGAGCUGUCCCGACCCCUGACCGUUCCCUCAAUUGCCCCCCUGCGACUCGAGAUGGAACGUCACGAGCUGCCCGACACGGGGAGCGCCGCUGAGCCCGAGGGUGCCAUCGACGCCAGCGCCAGCGCACAGGCAGAGAGGGAGUCGCGCAGGCUACCUGCAGACGACGGCAUGCGGGAAAUGCGGCAACGGAUCCACAGCAUCCAGCACAGUAAUAUCACCCUCGACCAGAAGAGGUUUCUUACGCAGCAGCUUCAUACCGAAAAUUACAACAGCGCCAGGAAAGCCAAGAGGGUUGCUGAGGGGAAACCCGCAACGCCCGUGGUCCCCACUCAGGAUGGCUCGGCAUCGACGUCUCGAGAUACCAGCUUUGGCGUCGCAGCACUGGAGACGCUCAAAUCCUGGACUGGGCUCGAGGAGAGGGCCAGGCUAUACGUCUCGGAGCAAGACCGCCAACCGACAUAUGUGCCCGCCAUGGCCAUUCUCAAUGACGAGGAUGACUUGGACGAUGAUGCUGGGAGGUCGGACGGUGUCGAGGGUGCUGAGACUCGAUUACUGGGCUGCUUGCACUACAGGCGCAAUGUCAAGCUCCAAUGUGCGUCCUGCGAGAAAUGGUACACUUGCAGGCUGUGCCACGAUGAGGCCGAGGAGCACAUCUUGCCAAGGAAGGAGACCAAACACAUGUUGUGCAUGUUGUGUGGUCAUGCGCAAAAGGCCUCCGAUACCUGUGUGAACUGUGGCGAGACUGCGGCUCAAUACUAUUGCAACGUCUGCAAACUGUGGAGUGACGAUGUGAACAAGCCCAUAUACCACUGUGACGAAUGUGAACGUGCAACGGACGCCGACUGUCCUAUCUGCGGCGAGAACAUGUUCGCCUCGCACAAGACCGUCAUAUUCAUGGAUUGUGGUCACUCGAUACACCGGACCUGCUUCAAUGAAUACAUGGCCUCAUCCUACAAGUGCCCGAUUUGCAGCAAAAGUAUCGUGAACAUGGAGGCACUCUUCACAAACCUAGCGAACAUCAUCCGCGAGCAGCCGAUGCCGCAGGAGUUUGAGAAUGUAACAUCGACGAUCCUCUGCAACGACUGUUCAGCAAAAUGCACUACAAAGUAUCAUUUCUUGGGGUUGCGUUGUCAGAUUUGCCGUUCAUACAAUACGGCUGAACUGGAGCGGUCCGGGAUGCCUGGGGAGAGGGUUGGGGAUGAGCAAGCCUCCGUCCCUGGACGUUCGAUUUCAGCAACACCAGAAACGCUCGCGUUCCCUCAGCGCUCAAUACAGGACCGCACCAAUGGGCCAAGUUCUGCAUCAGGUCUGCAAGCGAAUCCUCAUUUACAAUACAGCUUGAGCCAAGGUGCCGCCAGCCCGACUGGCCCAUAUGCGCAAGCAGUUCCGGACCCAUAUGCCGCUAUGGACGAGGACGACGACGAGGAACUUGACUUCUGGGGAGGCGAGGCCCGGUCUGGUCCUGAAAGCGAGGACGAUGAUGAUUACGAAGACGAUACAGACGCCGAGGACUCAGAGAACGAAGAGGAUGAUGACAACGAGGACGAAGACAUCAUGUUGUUCGGUCACAGGUGA